AUGAAAGUUCAAGUUCUCCGCUGGCUCCUCCUGCUAUUUUUCCUGCUCGUCAGUGCGGGGCCACGUGUCACCGGCAGCUGGCGGAGCGAAAAUUCCCGGGAGGAUCCGGACUCGAAAACACGGUGGGGCAAUCAGUUGCCGGAUAUGCUAGUCGCUUACUAUCGCCACCACGGCGUUCACAGCCUGAUGCUGGUCGUUUGUCACACGGACAUUGCGGAUUCUCGCCUCUGGACACUGUUUCAGCACUUCAACCUCAACGAUUUCUAUGUGCAGGUCAGUACGGAGGGUUCGCUAAGGGACCUGCGACAUGUCGAUGCCCUGGAUGAACACAAGGACGCUCCUCCGCCGAAGAGUUUCCAUGCCAACAACUCCACCCACUGGGAGACGUCCUUUCUGCUCCCCAUGAUGCCCUAUAAAACGGGAAUCCUUCUGCUGGAAUUCAGCAGCGAAUGUGCAAUAAAUCUACUUCGCUGGUCUGCGGCAUCGGAGCACAAUUACUUCACCACGAAUCGGUUUUGGUUGCUCCUAACCGAAGACACAGCCGAUAUCGAUUUACUGGAGGACCCCGAGAUAUUCGUCCCCCCGGAUAGUGAAUUGAGGGUGCUCCUCUAUGAGAAUGAUGGCAACUUCUCGUCCACCUUAAUCGAUCUGUACAAAGUGGCUGCUUGGAAGCCCUUGAAGAGAACUUUGGUGGGCCACAACAUUCGCAAUAAGAGGCACAUCACUCAUGCCCUACAGCACUUUGGGUCAGCUAUAACUUAUAGGCAAAAUCUGGAAGGAAUAGUAUUUAACACGGCAAUAGUGAUUGCCUUUCCUGAUCUGUUUACAAAUAUCGAAGACUUGUCCCUGCGGCACAUUGACACCAUCUCGAAGGUUAAUCAUCGCUUGAUGUUGGAGCUGGCCAAUCGCUUGAACAUGAGCUAUAACACCUAUCAAACCGUCAACUACGGAUGGCGACAACCGAAUGGAUCCUUCGAUGGAUUGAUGGGACGCUUUCAGCGCUAUGAACUGGACUUUGCUCAGCUGGCGAUCUUCAUGAGAUUGGAUCGAAUCGCCUUAGUGGAUUUCGUGGCUGAAACUUAUCGGGUGAGAGCUGGAAUUAUGUUCCGGCAACCUCCACUGUCGGCGGUGGCCAACAUAUUCGCCAUGCCCUUUGAGAACGACGUGUGGGUUUCUAUUUUGAUGCUACUCAUCAUAACCACCGUGGUUCUGGCUGUGGAACUGCUCUUCCCCCACACCCACGACAUGGCCUACAUGGACACCCUGAACUUUGUUUGGGGUGCCAUGUGCCAGCAGGGAUUCUAUGUGGAGGUGCGGAAUCGAUCGGCAAGGAUCAUUGUCUUUACCACUUUUGUUGCUGCUCUUUUCUUGUUCACGUCGUUUUCUGCUAAUAUUGUGGCCCUACUCCAAAGUCCAUCGGAUGCCAUCCAGUCUCUGUCGGACCUCGGCCAAUCUCCACUAGAGAUUGGUGUUCAGGACACCCAGUAUAAUAAAAUAUACUUCACGGAGUCCACUGAUCCAGUGACCAAAAAUCUUUACCAUAAGAAAAUCGCAUCUAAGGGGGAUAAUGUCUAUAUGCGCCCGAUUUUAGGAAUGGAGAGAAUGCGCACAGGAUUGUUUGCAUAUCAGGUGGAACUGCAGGCGGGUUACCAAAUCGUCAGCGACACCUUUAGUGAGCCAGAAAAGUGUGGAUUAAUGGAGCUGGAACCUUUCCAGCUGCCCAUGUUGGCAAUUCCCACCCGGAAGAACUUUCCAUACAAAGAGCUCAUAAGAAGACAACUACGCUGGCAGCGAGAGGUGAGCUUGGUGAAUCGCGAGGAACGGAAGUGGAUUCCCCAGAAGCCCAAGUGCGAGGGCGGAGUGGGUGGCUUCGUAUCCAUUGGCAUCACCGAGUGCCGAUAUGCUUUGGGGAUCUUUGGCUGCGGAGCUGCCGCUAGUUUUGGCUUCUUCCUCUGCGAGUUCAUCUUCAAGCACUUCAAGCAAAUUUAUCGCAUAUUCAAAGGAUAUCGAGAAAUGCAGCGCUAG